AUGCAUCUGAAUCCCUGGUCUCUGCAGCGGCCCUGUGUGCUGCUGGUGCUGACCAAGGAAAAUGCUGUGGAGGAGUGGCGGUCCAUGAUGGGCCCCACAGACCCUGGUCUGGCCCAGGUGACGGCCCCGGGGUCCCUGAGGGCCCGCUUCGCCUUAGACAUCCUCCACAACGCCCUUCACGGCUCCUCCAAUCAGGAGCAUGCCCAGGAGAAGAUACACUUCCUGUUUGGUGAUAUCAUCACCUCAGACGGAGACCUGACCAGCAAUGGGGAACUGGAUCCCACAUCGCUAGAUCUCAUGGCUUCAGACAAAUCAGGUUGUACAACUGCAGAGAGCCAUCAAGAGCAUGUUUGAAUCAGGAAGUCCAGAGAGCCAUCAAGAGCAUGUUGAUUCAGGAAGUCCAGAGAGCCAUCAAGAGCAUGUUGAUUCAGGAAGUCCAGAGAGCCAUCAAGCGC